UAUCUUGAAACACUUUAUCGUCAUUGCUCUUCUUUUUGGUUCUACCGGGGAGGCCUCGAGAUCUAUGAUUUCAUGAGUAGUCUCUGAAGAUCAAAGGAUGCAAUGUGUCUCCCCAUAAAACUAAAACAGAACUGGGGUCGGCUAUGAGAAUAUCCUAUACUGACAGAUCCUCAAGACAUAUUCGAGAAGGAUGGCUUUCGACUCUUUAGCCCGUUAUAUAUUAGUAUGGACGACGAUACUAGUCGGCUUUACCGCCGCCGUCGAGCUCGGUGACGAUAUCCAAAAUUUUGUUCCGAUUUGCGCCCAACCCUGCUUGGAAUCUUUCAUACAGGCCAACUUUCCAUCGUCAGGAUGUGCAUCGAAGCCAACAUUGGAAUGUCUAUGUACAGCGAAGUCAAGUUCAGGAUAUACGCUUGGAGAGGGAGCAUUACAAUGUAUCAGUGCAGAAGUGCAACGAGGAGUGUGUAAUGAAAAUGUCACCGGUGGUUCCGUGAAGCAUGAUGCCUAUCUUAUGUGUAAUCAGACCACAAACUCAUUGCCUAAUACACAUUCUGUUCUGACAGCCACCAUUGCUGAUAGUCCAACUGGAGGCUCAGCAUCGAUCAUCUUAUCACCAACAGGGACAGAGACCGGAACAGUAACAUCUAUUCUUGCACCGACAGCAUCCAGUACAAUUUCAAUGGCAGCUACAACAAACCCCGCAGCUCCCUCAUCUACACCUGCCCCGUCGCCUACUCUUAACGGUGCUCAGGUUGCUGGUAUCAUUGUUGGCGUUACUGGGGCCAUCCUGAUUACUUUCAUCGCAAUCCUCGUCGCCAGACAUUUUCGCAAACGAAAUUUUCCAGACCUUGAAGAUGGACUUCUCCACACAGGGGACGACAAAAAUAAGCCAGGGACAUCAAGUUCUAAGAACACUGGUCCUAUGGUUAUAUCGGCGCCUUUCAGCAGAUUUUCCACUAGCAACUCAGAUCCCCGUCCAUAUCUUGCGCCACCACCAUCACGAUUUCCUAGUCCUACCCCAAAUCCUAUUUCACCCAGUAACCCCUUUCAUACGCCCAAUCCUAGCGAGGAAUACACAAGCCUCGCGGUUACUCGUUCUCAAAAUACAACUCCCGCGGGAUCGCCGGAGAUCCCGGCUCGCAGACCACGUUCACGACUACUUCCAGCCAAACCGUCAUUAAAUAUAAAAAUACCUCCAGUUCGACCUCCUCCUCCACCGGAGCCAUUAUCACGGCCACGGGCUGCAGUCACACGGAUGGCUUCUUCGCGGACGCAACGUACUGAUAGGACGAGCAUCAUGACGACCAAUACCGCAUUUGCUGAUAUAGAUACCGAGGUCGUAGAAGGGGAUCAGGCAUGGCAACGACCAUCAAUACCAGAAAAUGGACCUCAGUCAGGAAAUCCGCUUUAUUUUGAUGACAGGCGAGGAAAUUGGGUGUUAAAUAAGAAUAAUUCGCAGACCCAGUUAAUACAACUUACGGAAGUGGCAGAACUGGAUACGUACACGCCGAUGACAAAAUCACCACAAGAGAUAAAGGAGGAACAAGCUAUAAAAAUGGCAGCGGCAAUUUCGGCUGCUUCUGCACUGCACAUGAGACCUCAACCAGCAUUUUUGGCUCAAGCUCCAAAUGAUAGGCCACUCAACCGCUCAUCAAGUGUGUAUUCACAGGCCAGCGCCGUUCGCCGUAGUUCCCGGUUUUUAGGUCGCGCAAGGAAUAACAAUAAAUCUCGGAAGAACAGCACAGCUCAACUUACUCGGUCAGACACGAUGAUGACCCAUGAAUCUGCUACAACUAUCAACAGUUGUUCGUCUAGCCCACUUGACGAAGAAAUUCCUUUCGACCAUCUCUCGACUGUCGCAGAAUCGCCUAGAAGAAUUCCAGUUAAACAUCCAAAAAUGUCGGAACGACUCAAUCGAACCAAUUUACAUGUCGAUUUACCAAAGGUACCGAGCUUCGCAACUUCACCUCCUGGCCAACCUAGCCCAACAUUGAAAGGCGCUGCUCUUCUUGAUGAGGAUGCUGGCUCAGCUUAUCCACGACCCUUAAAUACUAAGCAUUCGCAGAGGUCUCUAACGUCAAGUUCAUCACAUACACACGUUGAGGCUGAUUUGCCAAGGCCGCGGAUUGAUGUAGGCCGGCCGCUUAUCCAGAGCCCUCUAUCGCGCUUUUCACCAAAGCCCCCCAGCGUCGAGGCCCCAGCUUCCGAGAGGCUUCGGACACCGCCAAUGCAAACGUCCGGCUCAGGAUUUUCGCCUAACCUUUCAAACGAGAAAUUCCCAACACCAUCUCCGUUGUCGUCGCGAUCUAGUAACGGAGAAGGACGUCCCCAUGUGGCACGUGCAGUUUCUCCUUUGAGCUUCAAAAACAAAGAUUCAGCGCCUUCAGGUACCAGCGCGCUCUUGGCUAAGCGAGUCGGGGAUGGCAAAGCGGCUGCACUGGCGCUUGUUCCAGGUAAUAAGAAGGACCGAUGGAAGAUGCAUAGGGACCAACUUACUCCAGAUACCGCAAACCUCUCUUCAGCUAAAGGCUCCUUACCCCACACGCCAACAUGGCAGCCAAAACUAACUCCGACAAGACACGGCGAUGACCUGUACCUAAACGUACAGUGAAGCGAUAAUCGCACUUUAAUUUUGGAUUACGCAUACGAAGCACACUCUUUUCUCAUCUCCUUCUUCCAACCCAUUCAUUUAUCGACAUCGCGCAUUACUCAUCAUUGAUCAUAUUGCAUCAUAUAUACCCCAUUUGCCACAUUAGUCAACCUACUUUCUUUUCUGUCCCAUUGACGAUUAUCAUCCGGUGGCAUUGUACAAAUAUAUAUCGCAUUCACGGAUAUUCAUAUAAGCUUUUUUUUAAUCUAUAGCGUCUAGAGACUUGGCCAACAUUUUGGUAUGGGAAAAUAAGGUUAGUUGAUUCGGAGUUAACGGGGUGUUCAAAGGUUUAAAGGUUUAAAGGACAGGGUCGGAAGGAAUGGUGAUGCGAUACCCAACUGUUACUCGCAGGACGCACUCGCUGCAUUUUUGCUGCAUGUCAGUUUGUAUAUAUAGAAUAGCUUGCCUUGAAGCUAAAGUGUGAGGAUAGUGUAUUAUACUUAGACGGGGCUACAAAAUGGUAGACUCGGGAAAAAAUCAAUCAACAGAAUUUAUCAAAUUAC